AUGCUCUCGCCGACCUCUUUAGCUCUUUUUGCGUGCUACUCGCUGGCGAUUCUCGCCCCGGCUUGUGGCCAAUCCAUCCCGUAUACGAUCAAGAAUAUCGGGAUGGUCGGCCCGCCUAGCCGCAACUACACAGGUUUUGACGAAAUCUGGGGCCUCGGUGUUACCUGGGAGAUCGUGCAAGCCAAUGGCGCAGAUCUGCAGUUCACCUUUUCGACCGCAGUCUCUACUGUCGAGCUGAUGCAAGGGACGUCUGCAGCCGCCAGCGACACUGUCAUGGAUGUGCUUUCAAUGAAUAUAUUCUCCAACACCGCGACAACGGUCAGCUUGCGCACUACUCUUCCGAGUGGGGAAUACCAUCUUCGCGUGCACAGUAUCGUGAACACGACAUUUACCACGUCCAUUAUCCAGGACAUCACUGGCCGUGGUGCGGACUUCCGCUGGAUGCUCCCGACAACGGGUGUCGGCUGUGGCCCUGGUCUCCGCCCGGACCCUUUCGUCCCCAACACAAAUCCCUCCUCCUUCUACAUAUUCAAGCCGUUUGGCGGGCAAGUCUUUAUACCGGCGCACAGUGGCAUCGACGUCGACUGGGGCUGGAAGAACCGCGGAAAUGCCGGUGGCCAGCGGAUGUCGUCUCUCAGCCUGCAAGUGAUCAAUGGCGCGACAGGCGUAGGCAUUGAAGCGCCGGUCAACAUCGACGCGAAUGGGCUGUUCAAUGGGGGCACGAAUUUUGACCCGGUGGCGCUGGGCUUCCCCGGGAAUACGUCCCUGAAGAUUCGCGCGACGUAUGUGAACAGCCUUCCCGAUGGAGGGGUGAUCGGAACGACGUCAACGGGCUCCAUCGUAGCCUACACAUCGGAGGAGUUCAGCGUCGUCAACGCAGGGGUCAAUUGCGGUGCUAUCAACAACCCGACGAAAUGCAGCACGGGAGUCAACAGCGCCACCCUCACGAUGAUGGAAACAUUCGAGUCUUUCGUACCCUCUCCAAAGUCUGAUAAAGUGACCGGGAAAAUCACAGUUGGAUACGGACACGUCUGCCUGCAGACCAACUGCGCCGAGCUCCCCUACCCGCUUCCGCUGUCGCAGUCCAACGCCAGUCUGCUGCUCAACUCGGACCUCGUACAGUUCACCAAAUGCAUCAACAGCAACACGGGCCCCCGCGUCGUGCUCAACGACAACCAGUUCGGCGCGCUCUCGUCGUUCGCCUUCAACAGCGGGUGUGCGACGUAUACCAGCUCGCAGUUGUUGGUGCGGUUGAACAACGGAGAGGACCCCGACACGGUUGCCGCAGAAGAGCUACCAAAGUUCAACAAGGCCAAAGCACCCAACGGCACCAUCAUCACGGUACCCGGGCUAUCAAACCGGCGGGCGGCAGAAGUCGUUGUUUUCAAAACACCUUCUAGAAUUGUCACGAAUCCUUGUGUUUAA